CCCCCUUCAGGCAGGAGUGGGCUCAGAGCAGGUUGACCGUCCGCCAACUCUUACAUAUGUUGUAAUGGCCAUCCCCAUCAUCCAUGCUUCACUCGUUAACUCUUAUACAAUCCUAUCAGAAUUAGAUCUUCUCAGUGCUAGAUCGACCGCCUCUCCUGAAAACCUUCUACAUGGAUUAUAGGACGAUCCAGUGCGGAUUCUAAUAAUAAUCUGGCGAGGCUGAUGGCUAUAUUGGGAUAAUUUGUAUCAGCCUCGCCCAGGACUUUCAAACACUGGUCCUCUCUCUCUCUCGGCGCUCGUUGGGGAUCCAGUUAGCGAAAUCAGAUUGGAUAUCAGCCUCUGCUUAUCUCGCCUCAGGCUCAACCUCAAGCCUGCCCAACCCAGCUGCCCUCUCCAUCCGCCCCGUCGAGAGAACAGUCACCUCCGGGCUAGCCAUGUCUUUCCUGUUGUUGUUUGGGUUCAAGUGUGCUCACAAUAUUCCUGCGAAGCGAUUCUCCAACCAACCAUCCUCUGCUUGAUUCUUGAGUCAUGCCUUUGAUGGUCUUCUUCUUCUUCUUCUGGCUGACGAUUUCUCUCAAUGUAGUAUUCCCUCUGAUGCUUGAUUCGAAGACCGUCGAAGUGGCAGUAGCAGCAUCCAAAUUCGAUGGCCAUGAGCAGAAGAGGCCAGCAGCGAUCCUAAGACUCCGCCAGCUUCCGCCGCCCGUCUCGACCGUCACGGCCACGGUGACGCUGACGGUCACCAACACGGCGUCGCCAGUCCCACCGUCCUCCUCCAUUGCUGCCUCCCCACUGGCGACGGCCACCAAUCCCGUGAGCUUGUCCGGAAUACCUUCAAGCCCUCCAACCUUCGUCACGGCUACCGACCAAGACCUUCCUCCUCCCUCCUCCCUCCCCUCAAUCAGUCUCCCCUCAUCCAUCAGCCCCGCAGCCUCCGCCCUCCCCACGCCACUCGAUCAACCACCCUCCUCCUCCUCAACAUCCACCGCAGACUUAUUCCCCUCAUCAAGCUCGCUCCUUCCCUCGGUUGGCUCCCCUUCAACUUCAGCAUCGACUCGACAAAGCAGCCCAUCGGGCUCGCUGAAUCCAAACUCGAGCAGCUCAGGAGACGACAAUACGAGAGGGGAGGAAUCUGGGCGAGAGCCGGGCGAGGAGGAUAGACGGGGGCUCAACCGACUGUUGGUGCCGUUCAUCGUGAUCUCGGUGCUCUGUUCGGUAUGUCUGGCGGCGGGCUUCCUAGUGUAUCUGUGGCCGUAUCUGCGGGAGGCCCGGCUGGGCCAGCAGGCUCUCGGGCAGCAGGCCGGCCCGACAAUCUUCGAGCAGGACUACGCCGUCUGCGCAAAGACAUUCGCUCCCAAUCCCUCCGGGGCCUUGGACUACCAACGCAGCCUCUCCCGCAAACGCAAUCGAAAGGCCCGGCUCGUCGACCAGCCCCUGCCUAACCAGAUAACCGCCUCCUCCGCCGCCGCGUCUCCGGACUUCAGUAAUCUCCCCAAGCCCGACCCCCGGGGGCUCCAUGAACCCACUCUCUGGCUCCCCCAAACUGCUGCCGGACCCGGCCUUACUCGGCCCGCUUGAAGCCGGUCGUCUUGCAUACUCUUCAUUCAUCUUCUGCUUGUAUUCACAGUCUCCCUCGUCUUUCCGUUCGUCUCUUUUCUGUGCCUUCUUCUUCUUGUUUCGCUUCUAGAUUCUUGUGUUGGUAUGGUUUGCCGUCAGGAUGUCGCUCCCAACAGCCGCCGAAUUAAUUGUAGACUUACAUAUACAAACACACUCAUACACUAUAACACAUCUAUUUAUACGCAACUCAUCCAAAGAGUCUUGUUUCUGUUUUCUGUUUUCUUUUCUUUUUUUCGGUGGUCACGUUCUUUUUUUUCAAGAACUAUUCUUGUAAAGCACUUCCACUCACAAAGAAAGAAAAAAAAACCUCUUCAACCUUUCCUUUAA